UUGCGGUUGCUCUAUUUUGAUGUCAAGACUUUCUUUUAACAAUGAUAUAUGUAGCAUGACGUCCAAUAUGCUACAGUCUAAAGUUGCAAUUAUAGGAGAAGUAUUUGCACUGAAUUCUCUCUAUAUCAGGUUUUGUAAUUUGAGUUCGCUUGAUGUGGGUAGAAUUAGUUUUACGGAUAAUAAAUUAUUUGGAACACAGAUGCAUUUUUGGCCUUUGUUAAGAAAUUCGGUUUGGAUAAAGUCGUUCAACAAGUUAAUAAUAACGCUGGAGGAAUCAGGAAUUUUUUCCCAUUGGGUUGCAGAAGAAAUGGGUAGUAUAUCACAGAGGCUCACAAGAAAAUGUAAGAAUCCUACUUUAGAGAUAAUGCAAAUGGAAGAAAUAUAUUUUCCUUUAACUUUACUAUUAGGUGGAUAUUUAAUAUCGAUAGUAGUAUUUGUACAAGAAAUUAUCCCAAUCACAAUACUCAGAAACAAAAUUUUCGGCCCUAAACCGGGUAUAUUCCAAAAAUAAAGUAACUUAGAGAUUAAAAUUUGCCAUUGAUGACAUUUGACGUAAAUUACAACACAAUACACUGAGACAACAAGCAGGAUUCAUAUUAAAUAUUUAGUUAAUUAAAAUUAUGAGGCUAUAGAUUGUUUAGAAAAAAUUGUACAAUUGUAACCCAGAUAUUUUUGUCGAUUGUCAUAACUUCAUCUUUGAAAUUAAGUAUUUCGUAGCACUUCACGUCUGUAUACACAUUUUAUUGUUGUGUAUGUAUAGGAAACUUUUCUUAGUGUAUAAUUUUUGGAUAAUAACUUUUUCACUACACCUCGUAUGUCUACACAUCAUGUGAUUUGAUUUUAAAAUUUUUUGUGCUCUAUAAGUUUACGAGACUUUCAAAACUUUUCAAUUCACUCAAGCAUAACAGAGUAUUUAUGUUUUAAAUUUAUCCAAGUAAUGAAUAAUUCCAGUUUUGGAUCGCAGAAUAUGAUCACCUUUUUUAAAUUAUCCCAUAUUUAUAAGUUAUAAAUCCAAAAGAAUUGAUAUUAUCUCUCCAGUAAGUAAAAUAACAUUUUCUUCGACUUCAAACAACCAACUGUUUUUAAUGUCAGAAACGUUUCACGCUGUUGUCACAUUUUCAAGCACAUAAAUAAAAAUAUUUUAUUGUCUGAUAUAUACCGACUGAGAUUUAUACAUAUACAUUCAUAUUGGUUAUACUUUUAAUAACUAAAUAGAAAUAAAAUAACAAUUAUUUUAUUUCUUAACUCUUCUUAUAUAUAAGGCAUCAAAUUGACCUUUACUCUGACAUCAUACUCUACAAACUAAUGGAAUAAAUCGAAACGAAAUAUUUACUGUUACUAGGGACGGGCUAUCGAUAUUUUUUCAAGAAAUAAUCGAUAAAUUUUAUAUUGAAGUAUCGUUUAACGACAUUUUAUACUAAUUAUGUAUUCCACUUAGUAUCGUAAAAUUUUCCUCGUUCUAAGUAUAAAUUAAUUACAUAUACAAGCAAGUAUAUGUUUAAGAGUAAACCAGAACGCAUGAGCUUUUCUUUAAGUUCUGCUUCGAUAUGUAACAGUGACAUAGUAACAGUCUGUUACUUCAUAUCACGGUCUUUCAGCAACUGACGUCACUCGUAGAUCGGGCAACCUAUUAUCUACCAACCUUGAUCGAGUACUCUUUUAAAUAUGGCGCUAUAUAUGCCGAUAACGCUUAAUUCAAGUUGAUUACUUUGUUUGCGGGUUUGAUUAAGGAUAGGUGCGAUUAUAUUUGCCUUUCUAAAUGUUGUUUCAAUAGGGUUAAUCGAGAGUUGUUCUUAAUCACCCCAGCUUUACAUUUUGUUUUGCAUCCGAGCAGAGGUUAUGCCUUUAGGCUUGCCCCUUAGUACCAUUACUAGAUCAUCCGCGUACCUUCGAAUUUCAAAUACAUCGCUGCUAAAUCUAGUGAAGUUUUUCUCCACUACCAAUAACCAUAAUAGAGGUGAUAGAACUCCGCCUUGUGUACAACCUUUUACAGUGAAAGUGCAUUUUGCAUAAGCAAAUUAUUUGGUGUGAAAUGGAUUUUGCGAGAGUCAUACCUCUAAGGUAUUGUUCUAAGGCUCUCUCCAUGGUUUUUAAGAAAUAGGAGGUAAGGCAAUUUGGGCGAUAAGAUUUUGGUUGAUGGUAUGAACACUACUUUUGCCUCUCGCCAUAUUUUGGGUAAAUAACCUAGAAUCCGGCUUCAAAAGAUGUUUCUUCAUUACUUCAAAGCCUUUCUGUAGUAUAGCUGGAAAAAUGUCUUCUUUAAUGGGUGAUUUGUAGGGACUGAAACUCUCAAUACUUGAUACUGUUUAUGGAAAAGAUUUUUCGUGCCAGAAUUUUACUUCUUCCGUUAGGAAGAUUAGUCCCUUACGUUUCCUAUAUUAAACUUUGGCAGUGGUGGUAUAGAAGGAUAAAAAAAUUCCACAUCCUUUAAAUUAAUUAUUUAUUGUUUUAUAUUGAUACAAAUACAACAAAUCGAAUAUUUAUGCUUAGAGCUAAUACAAUAUAAAUUUUAUUUCUCACUUAUUCCAAAAAAUAAUUGAUUUUUUGGAAAUAAUUUGGGGCAAUGGGCUAAAAGGACAAAUUAAGUAACUAUGCAUAAUAAUAUAAGAAUUUUUCAGCAAAUUUGUGUUGAAUAAGUAACAAGAAUCUUGAUAUUUUGAAAUCUGUGUCACAAGCUGUAUCAAAGUCAAUGAAAUAAUCUUCAAUUUGUAAAAAUUUGUUGAAACCUGUUUUUGUAAAGAAAUUUAUCAUUAAAUGAAUAAAAAAACUUCAAGAUUCAAGAAUAAAUGAGAAAUAAUUUAAAAAUCACUUGUUUUUUGCAAAAAAGUGUGUAUUGCUUGUUACAAUGUAUCAGUCAUAAAGAACAUUCAAAAAUAUAUAUUCUGUUUAAACAAUUAAAAUAUUUGAGCGAAUAAUUGCAGUAUUUUUGUUUUAAAUAUUCUUUCCUAUCUUAAUAAUAAUAUUGUGAUGACAUUUGCACUUUGUAAGGCCACCUUAUCACAGGUAAAUAUUUGUUCUGUAUUGUGUUUUCAACAACAAAUAUACAGAGAAACAAAAUAUUAACAAAAAUACAAAAUUGGAAAUUUACAGUUAUACUAGAGCCAAAAAUACUUUGUGAUUCAAACAAAAAUUUGGUACAAAUUUUUACCGGUCCUGUAGCGUAAAAAUAAUAAAAAAUUUGAUUGGUUCUGUUAUCAACAAUAUAUUCAGAAAUGAGUGGAUGAGGAAAAUUUAUUUUACCCAUCGGUUAGUUAACAAUUUUAGUAUUGAAACUCAAAAACAUCACUGAAAAUAGAAUGAAAUAAUUCUCACGAUACUUUAUUUUCAACAUACAAGGUGUUCUUAUAAAAUUAAUUCUUGUAAAAUCUUAUUAUUGUUGAAAAUAUGUUAAGAAAAAUUUCUGAAAAUCAAGCAGAUAGAAAAAGGAAUUCCAUAUUUAAUAGAAAUAACUUGUAUUAUUAAGAAGAUGAUGCCCCAUUAUAUCAUUACCACUUAGUCAUAUGAAAAAGGUAAGCAAAUUGUGCAAAAAAAUACUAUCAAUGAUCAAAACAUCAAAUUUUCUGGGUAUAUAUAAUAUUUGUAGGGAAAAAGUAAAAAUAAUUGAUAAUAAAUCACACUGAGAGUUAUCAAGCCCAAACUUAUAGUGAUUUUAGUCACUAGUUUAGAAAUGCUUGAGUUAUGAAAACUGGAGAAAUCUGGAGUUUCAAUCGACACCAAGGAACUUCUAGAAAUGUCAAUCAUUAUGUAACUCGACGAUUUCUUAGGAAACAGUACCCGGUGAGUGGUAAACCGCCAUUACCACCCCCAUUCAUAAGAAAGGAAAGAAGAAAGACUCAAGUAAUUUGGCAUAUGUCUUAGCACCAUAAUGAAACUUCUAAUAAGGAUAUUAACACAAAAUAUAGAAAUAAAUCAAGAGCAUCAAAGCUUCAGACAAAUUAUAGAGAAAGCUAUAGAGUAAAAUAAGCUGCCCUAUGCUUUGUUAACCUAAACCAUCGACAUCCCAAGACCCAGACUGGAGGAACUGGAGAAUACAGGGCGAGGCCUUAUAGAAUUGAAAGAAGAAAAAUAUCCAGUUUUCUAGUGAAAAGGAACCAAUUUUUUCUCGAAACUAGAUGAAAUGAAGUUGAGGGUUCAAUUUCUACUGACUCACUUUUAGAACGACAAAUAAGAUCUAAUGUUUUUUUUUUCUCUUAUACAUUGAAUAAUUUGUGAUAAAAUCCACAAUAUCAUAUUUAAUAAAAAAUAAUAUCAAAGAAA